AUGCGGCGGCCCCCGGCCCCUGGCGCCCCUUGGUGUCUUGGCUGGGCCUCCUCGCUCGUCUGCUCCGCGGCCUCGACGCUCCCGGGCCCCCUGAUGGCGGCGAAGUGGUUCAAGGAGUUCCCGCUUACUCUGAAGACCGCGUCGGAGCGCGCCCGGCCCGGGGGCGCCGGCGGCAAGCCGCGCAAGAACUCGGAGACGGGCGGUGCGGCACCCACCCCGGGCAAGGGUCGCAAGAACUCAGCGGCCGAACUAGGGGGCAGCAGGACGGGCAGCGGACCCCCCAAGGACAGUCGGCUGUCCCGGGACAGCCUGCAGGGUCUGAUCCAGGCCGCUGCAGGCAAAGGCCGUAAGAACUCCAGGGUCACCACCACCGCCACCGCCAGUGCCAGCGCCACCACCACCGAGGAGGAGCCCCACCGGGGUGCGGUGGCCAAGAGCGCAGGCUGCAGCACCUACAUCAGCAGGCUCAUCAAGGUGGACACGCAGGAGAAGAAUGGUAAGAGCAUCUACCCGGGCGGUGGCAGCACCAGCAGCUCCAGCAGCUCCUCUUCCUCUGCGUCCUCUUCUCCGUCCUCCCUGGGCCCGGAGCUGGACAAGACCAAGAUAAUGAGACAGCAAGACACGGUCAUCAUUUUAGAAGACUACGCUGACCCAUACGAUGCCAAACGGACAAAAGGUCAAAGGGAUGCGGAGAGAGUGGGUGAGAAUGACGGCUACAUGGAACCGUACGAUGCACAGCAGAUGAUAACAGAAAUCAGACGCCGAGGUUCCAAAGACCCUCUCGUGAAGGCCCUCCAGCUGCUCGACGGCCCGUGUGAGCCAGGGGAGACCAUGAAGGUAGAGGCCACAGCCAAGAGACGCAGCUCCAAGGACCUACUGGGGAAGCCGCCACAACUCUACGACACCCCGUACGAGCCUUCGGAGGGUGACCUGCGUGCGGCAGAGGUGAAGGCACGGCCAGCAGACAGCAGGCUGCCGGAGGAGGAUGACCGGCCUGCUGCUGAGUAUGAACAGCCCUGGGAGUGGAAGAGGGAGCAGAUCGCACGAGCCCUGUCAGUCCAGUUUGAGGGAUCUGAUCGAUCUCCGGGCAGAGAGGAGGCAGGGAGACCGCAGCACUGGCAGAAGACCUUGAAGCCGACCCUGUCAGACCAUGGAGACGGGGAGAAGGUGGACCCAAACCUGGCUUUGGAAAAGCAGCCUUGGUAUCAUGGCUCCAUUAGCCGAGCCGAGGCUGAGAGCAGACUACAGCCCUGCAAAGAAGCUGGCUACCUGGUCCGGAACAGUGAGUCGGGGAACAGCAAGUAUUCCAUCGCCCUCAAGACUAGUCAAGGGUGUGUCCACAUCAUAGUGGCUCAGACAAAAGACAGCAAAUACACACUGAACCAGACGAGCGCCGUGUUUGACAGCAUCCCCGAAGUGGUACACUACUACUCCACUGCAAAGCUGCCUUUCAAAGGGGCAGAGCACAUGACCCUUCUCCACCCCGUGCACAAGCUGCACUAAGGUCCAGCCAGCACGCCCGGGCACCUGCGAGGACAUCGGCACCUACCACCAUCGUGGACAGGACCUUCUGCUGCUGCGGACCAGAGUCACCGCCCGUGGUCCUAAAUCCAGGACACAAUGGUUUCUGAUCUGUUCCUUCUCUCCCUGCCAAAUAGCUGUCCUAUAAGAUAAUACUGCUUGCCUGCCGCCUUCCCCCGUGGAGUAGGAGUUCUGUUUGGAGUGUGACCCUUAGGAAAUGUAGGUCUAGCGCUCAGGAGCACUGAACUUGUCCCUUGGUGCAGUUCUCUGGAGUGCCUGUCUUCUGGACAACAGAGAGCCCCUAGGCCUUCAUGAGCGACCACGUGGGCUGGAAGAUCCUGCAGUGUAGGCCCCUCAUGAGGAGGGGACGGACAGUGGGAAAUGGGAACAAUGGACAGGAAAGGUGUCUUUCCCCACGUCCUGAUGCAGCUGUGGCCUUCACACAACAUUCACAACUGAGGCCUUCACAAGAGUGUUAUUUGAUUGGCCAGCUUUCCUAAGAAAAGUACGUGCUUUCUCGAUUCCUCUGGGCGUUCCUGUCCUUCAGCAGUAACUCAGUACUAUGAGCAAGACUUGGACGGAGGACCCCAGAUUAAAGUGUUACCAAUAUAAUCAAGCGGUGGCAUCCCCUGUAUAAACUCUGAUUGCUAUUAAGUGUACUCCAAA